AUGGCGAGCCUUGUCUUCAAUACGCCAUGGCUUAAGGUUAGGUCUUUACCUGGGCUUGCUCCUACUUUCCUCCGACGUCGUCAAUGCUCUUUACUCACCUGCUCCCGGCGAAGCUUCGCGGUGGUUGCGUGUUCUUCGCCGAGUGAUAAUGGUGGGUCUGUCAGAGUCCGUUUCGCGCCUUCUCCUACUGGUAACCUCCACGUGGGUGGAGCAAGGACUGCUCUCUUCAACUACCUUUUCGCGAGGUCUAAAGGAGGGAAAUUUGUGCUGAGAAUCGAGGAUACGGAUUUGGAGAGAUCAACACGUGAAUCCGAAGCAGCUGUUCUUCAGGAUCUCUCAUGGCUUGGUCUUGAUUGGGAUGAAGGACCUGGGGUUGGUGGAGACUUUGGUCCGUAUCGGCAAUCCGAAAGAAAUGCUCUUUACAAACAAUACGCAGAGAAGCUUUUAGAGUCAGGCCAUGUCUAUCGAUGCUUUUGCUCCAGUGAGGAACUUGUGAAAAUGAAAGAGAUUGCAAAGUUAAAACAGUUGCCUCCAGUGUAUACUGGUAAAUGGGCAACAGCUUCUGAUGCUGAAGUAGAGCAAGAGUUAGAAAAGGGAACACCUUUCACUUACCGUUUUCGUGUGCCAAAGGAAGGUUCUUUGAAAAUUAAUGACCUGAUUCGUGGUGAGGUAUGUUGGAACUUGGAUACACUGGGAGAUUUUGUGGUAAUGAGGAGUAAUGGCCAACCAGUUUACAACUUUUGUGUUACGGUUGAUGAUGCUACCAUGGCUAUUUCACAUGUUAUAAGGGCUGAAGAACAUUUGCCUAAUACUUUGAGGCAGGCUCUAAUUUACAAGGCUUUGGAGUUCCCAAUGCCUCAGUUUGCACAUGUUUCUUUAAUUCUAGCUCCGGAUAGAAGUAAACUGUCGAAGCGACAUGGUGCAACUUCUGUAGGACAGUACAGAGAGAUGGGAUAUUUGCCUCAGGGAAUGGUUAACUAUUUGGCACUCUUAGGUUGGGGAGACGGCACUGAAAAUGAAUUUUUCACACUCGAGCAACUUGUUGAGAAAUUCUCGAUUGAACGUGUCAACAAAAGUGGCGCUAUUUUCGAUUCUACAAAGUUAAGAUGGAUGAAUGGUCAACAUCUGAGGGCACUUCCAUUUGAUAAACUAACAAAGCUUGUCGGUGAGCGAUGGAAGAGCGCUGGCAUCUUAGCAGAAUCCGAGGGAAGUUUUGUAGAUGAAACCGUGGAGCUUCUCAAGGAUGGGAUUGAUUUGGUGACAGAUUCAGACAAAGUACUUUUGAACUUGCUAUCAUAUCCUUUACACGCUACAUUGGCUAGCGCUGAAGCUAAGCCUGCAGUUGAAGACAAGCUUCAUGAAGUAGCAGCCAGCCUCAUAGCUGCUUAUGACAGCGGUGAGAUUCAGAGCGCUUUAGCAGAAGGACCAAGUGGUUGGCAGAAAUGGGUGAAAGCCUUUGGCAAAUCAAUGAAACGCAAAGGGAAAUCACUUUUCAUGCCACUAAGAGUGUUGCUAACGGGAAAGCUCCAUGGACCUGAGAUGGCGACCAGUAUUGUUCUGAUUCACAAAGCUGGAAGUCCUGGUUUAGUGGUUCCUCAGGCUGGGUUUGUGUCCAUGGAGGAACGGUUUAAGAUUCUUAAGGAGGUAGACUGGGAUGCUCUUAACAAUGGCGAAAGUGUGCCUCUUGAAUCUACAGCUGCAGUAUCAACCUGA